UUCCUUUAUACAGUCCUUGCUAUCAGUGUUUACCAGCAUUUCCGAAGACGUCGCGCAGUAGCCGCAGCCGCUCAAUGAUCCCGAGUCGAGGGCGAGGCGGACACUGCUAAAACCCCACUGAAGAGGCUGCAGGUCUCUGGAGAGAGGGAUGGCGGACGAGGAGAGCACUCCACAGGGGGAGGCCCCGGACCACACCCCCUCCUACAUGAUCUUCCUCCUGGUCCUGUUCUUCUUCCUCACCGGCUUGCUGGGCUUCCUCAUCUGCCAUGUCCUGAAGAAGAAGGGGUACCGCUGCCGGACAGGGGAGCCUGAGGAGGAGGAGAGCGAGGGCAAGCUGACCCGAGAGGACACUGGGGAUUGUGUUCCAGAUGAUCAGGCAGAGGACCAGGACACAGUGGAGCAGAUAGUGAAGUGCAUCAUUGAGAAUGAAGCGAAUGCAGAAGCCCUGAAGGAGAUGCUGGUGAACCAGGAGCCAGUGGAGCGGACGGACCCGCGGUUUCCUCGACAGGACAGCGCUGGCAGCUUGCCACCCCAUCACCACACGGUGCACUCCGGCAGUGACCGUACGGCCUGCCACCACUGCAACCAGAGCCGGGCCAAGAGAGCACGGGGGCGAGCGAGGGCUCCCCGGGGCAAGACACGCCCGAGAGAGACCACCGUCUUCUCAGUGGGGAGGUUCAGGGUGACCCACGUUGGGAAAAAGUCUGGCAAUCUGGAGAAAACCGGCCAAUCAGAACAAGCCGAGGGUGACACCCUGCAGAAGGACGACAAAGUCGGCCAAUCAGAGACAGAGUUGCAUGAGAAAUGCAGCCUUCGAGAAAUGUUCAAAGACACGCCCACUGAUGACACAAAUGGUGCGUUCCAGAGAGGGACUGAGCCAAUGGGCGCAGAAGUCAGCAUGGAGACAGGGGGAGGCAAUGAUGGGAAAUCCCAUGUGGAGGGGCUAAAGAAUGGCACAGUCCAAGCAGAGAGCACAGACAAAGGCACAUCACAAACAGACAGCAUCCAUAAUGGCACAGCUCAAAAAGAAGACCCCAAUAAUGGCACAGCCCCAACCAAGGACACUAAUAAUGGCACUGCCCAAACAGAGCACAUUGGUGGUGAUGGUGCAGCACAAAGCAAGAGCCUUCAUCAUGGUACAGUUGUGAUUGGUGGACCAGCCGGCAGGGAGUUCCGUUACAGCAGAGUCCAAACAGAGGACGAGGAGGUGGCACAGACAGAGGAUUCGAAAGAUGACAUGGUUCAGAUGGAGGACAUUAAAGACUGUAAGGUGAGCCAGGAGGAAGGGGGGGAGGAGCCCCAGCGAGGCCAGUGUGUGGAGAGCAACAACCGCAAGAGGGGCGCCGCCCACGCCCCCCACAAGUGGUGAGGGCCCAGGUGUUCAGACUGCAUGCAGCCUCCUCUCCCUCCCUCUCCGUCACUGAGGAAGGCAGCUCCAACACCAGCAUCCCCACUUCACGGGAAUGCACCAUUCGGAAUCUGCAGUUCAUCUGCAGACUUUUCUCAAAUGCAGAUAUGUCAUCAUGUAGAUCGAAGUGACCGUUUCAGACAAUCCUGUAGGUGCUGCCAUGACUCUGAAUCGGCGAGGUACCCCGAAAAUAAACCCAAAACAAAACGAAACAAACAUCCAGUCAGAGGCUGCUGUGAUCCCAGCUUUUCUACCACACUGCAACGCUGGUCUGAGUUCAUUACCCCUGUGCCUCUCCUCUGUGAUAAACAGACAGCCAGGACAUUCCAAAGCCCCCCUCUUAGAAGACCCUGUGAAUCAGCUAGCUGUUAGCACUGAGCCGGCCGUGCUAUCUGUCUGGAGUGCAUCCCCUCUGCUAUACCAGAGGUUCCCAUUCCUUCAGCUGGCCUGGCACUGAGUUCAUCACAGUGCCAGUGUGUCUGCUCUACCUGCCAUGUGGCUUAAAUUCUCUCUGGUCCCUUUGCUUUCAACAAUAACAAAAUGCAGCAGCUGUGAACCACGCUGUCUGGAUUUCAAGGUUUAAGCCAACUUUGGUCCUGCUGAACAAUGAAAGCUGAAAGCCACGUAGUCUGUUCUGUAUCUGUCACUGCAGAUAACAAACAAACAGCCCUGCACACCUGCCCUGGAUUUACUUUGUUAGUGAAAGAACAUCGCCACCUGCUGUGUGUGUUCACUAUUCCAUGGGCUGCACCAACCCUGCAGAGCUGAACUGCACGGACAGUCCUCUGUGGGUUUCAGCUCAGGAGCUCUGUCGGUCUGGGAGAUUUUUGUUUUCUUACCAUGGGUCUGGUCCUUCGCCUGUGCCACAGCAGACAGUUACCAGUAAGGGAAAGGAUCAAACAACACCAGCUGUACAGACCCUCCGCUCCUGGUCUGAGCAAGUGGAAGGUUCAGUCCUGGGUUGAAGUUCAUGUAACAGUCUUAGGGUCCUGGCAUCAGUCAAUAGGCCAGGUGCUGGACACCAGGCAAGCCUGUGUUGAAGCUGGUGGAAAUUCUUACACACUAGCAUUCUACUCACUCAAGGUGUUUUUCAAUGUGCUGCAGCAUCACACAUUCUCAGAGGGGUAGAACACUGGUCCUCCUGCAGUUGGUUCCUUUUUCACCCAGAUGGCAUUGCUGUGCGCAUGUGCAUUGGGUUACCUGGGAGUAGACAGGGGGACCCCUGCAACAAGGCAGUUUUAUAAAUCAUUAACGGCUGGUUUCACAGCCCCAGAUUAGCACUAAACGAACUGCUAUACCUAAAGAACAAUCAAGAUUCUCAAGAUUAGUGGUAAUCAGGGUCUAUGGAAGCAGGAGUAAAUCACUCAGGCGGGUCAGUUAAUCCAGAAACGACAGCUCACUCUCGGACCAGAGCUGCCCGUCCUCUAUCUGCCCUUAAUAAUGGCUUAUAGGGUUCUAGAAAGAGAACAAAGAGUCGAGCAUGACGGAGAGAGAUAUAGGAGGCUUUGAAGGAACGGCUUUUUAACUUCCACUCAUCCUCAGCUCUGACUGUAUGGUCAAGUCAAGCCGGUCCCAUUCUGUUCCCUCAGCACUGGCUGUAUGGUCAAGUCAAGCCGGUCCCAUUGUGUGUGUAGUGGGCAGCAGAGCAGUCUGUCUAUUGUGGCCUUACAAUGAAUAAGGAUGUUCUUCUUGCAUGUAUUUAUAUUGAUCUGAAACUAUGGAAGCAUAGGACUAAGAUAUUGGUUGAAAAAUGAACUCUAAUGAUAAUAACAAUGGGUUGGAUAUACAAAUCCUAGAAACCAAAACUGUGCACCCGAGAACAUGGGAAUUCCACCUGAGAAGAUGCUGGACUGUUCCAUUUUAAAUUAUACCAGAUUUUAAAAGACAAGUUAAAAAGAUAAAGCUAUGCAUU